GGUCCUCUUUGAAAUGACUCACUGUCAUUUUCAUCAGCUGAUGAGAUGAAUCAGGCGCUGCAGCAGGGCCCACAUGUCACAUACAGGCUGCGGAUCCUCAGGACCAGCAUAAAAGAAGGUUUACUUUGUUCCUCUAGGGCUCUGAUUCAGAUUAAUCAGUUAUGCUUUGCUGGCCCAACAGUUUAUUGCCAUGACAUUUACUUUCAGUCACUAGAACUUGAGAGGAUGAACUACCACAGCAGUCAAAAAUCUGUAUCUGAGAUACUCACUGACGCCCUUACCAAAAUAAUUUAAUAGUUUGAUGGAAAAUAUUUUUAAAUGCAGUUUUUUUAAACUGUUCUUGAAGAUUUCUAUCCAAAUUUUCGUUCGUUCAAAAAAAUGAAGCUCAAACAGAGCUGCAACAAGAAAAGCCUCUGGAUCUGAGGCAUUGUGUGGACCACGAACUCAUGCAUAGCCACUGAAGCGCGUCGGAGUGAGCGGUACCUGCCUCUCCCUCCUCCUCUCUCUGCGUUCCUCCCCCUUUCAUCUCCAUUCUGUGGGUGUCCUGCAGCCCGAUUGCUUCUCUUUCCUGCAAUCCUGCUCCCUAGAAUUGAAAGUUUAUCCAAAGGAAGAGGAUUUGGGAUCAUCUAAGCAGUUUCGACUGAUUUCGUUUCACUGUGCCCCGUGGACAGAAGCGGAGCGAGUCCCUGUGCGCGCUCGACAUCCACUUCUGAGUCCACCGUGCUCGCCGUGCUCCUUGGCUGCUGGGAUGAACUAGUCUAAUGCCGCUCUUCCAAGAGCCAGACUGACUCCGGAGGUAGUGCCGUUUAGACCACUGCAUGCAAACACAACUGAGGAGAAGGCACGGACACUCAGCUUCAAGCACCGAGAGAUAAAGAGACGAAAAUUGUCCUCACUGGGUGAAGUGGAGAACAGAAAUUUCCAGGCCAGCUGGCUGACAUCAGAGGAGGAACAGUCCGUCUGCAGAGCCAAAAUCAGAGGUUGGUGUGAUGUCAAUCUCCCACAGUAGAUGAGUGGAGUGAUAGAUGACACGGGUUGAUCCAACGAAAUAGAGAGCAAUGCCGCAUCACAAGCGUUCACUCCCGACUGUGAAAGUGAAUGGGUCAAACCUUCAAGCACAUCAAUCAGCUGGGGUGUAAAAUUCGACCGGAUCAUCAACUCUAAUCAGACUGAAGGAGCCCACUUGGACACCAUAAAGCAGAGCAAUAAAGACUUAAAGACAAAUGCAAAUAUGGAAGCAUAAUAAUUCUUUCUGGCUAACUAGCAGUGGAAUGGGAUGGACACAGAAGCCACGAAGAAACAUGCCAUAGAAUUGAAUUAAUACAUUUUUAGCUGUUAAAUAGGGACUCCAAACGUCUCUAUUAACAAGCAGGACAUGUGCCUUGAAACCAAGGAGUUAGUUGGGACAUUUUGGCUUAGAAAACACCUUAAGAACCCUUUGCCAAUGGCUUGUUGGCAGAAAACGGGAGUUCCAAACCUCAGACAGCAAUCCACCCAAAAAUCUGGUUGUCUGCAGCCAGCAAGACAUCCUUUCAAUCCAAGAGAAAAGUGACUAUAUUUCUGUGGAAUGGGUGGUCCAGCAAGAGCUCUUCUUGGAGGAUUCAGCACAACCACCUCAUCUCUGGAAGUCAGGGGUCGAAUGGAGUGGUCCAGCAACAAUCCCCUCGAUCUCAACCAAUCCCUACCAUGGGAGGCAGGAGACACCAGUGGCGGUGCUGCGGCCACGGCUUUGGAUCUGGAAAACUCUACGAGUCAAGAGGCUGUCGCAAGGAAUGUCAUCAAAGAUAAGAACUGGCCAGCGCUGCUCAUCCUCUUCAUCAUUGCAUUAACGAUUGGGGGAAACAUUCUGGUGAUCCUGGCAGUGUCGCUGGAGAAGAAGCUCCAAAACGCCACCAACUUCUUUCUGAGGUCACUAGCAGUUGCAGACAUGCUUGUAGGAAUCCUGGUUAUGCCCAUCUCCCUUAUCAACAUCCUCUAUGACUAUGCGUGGCCUCUGCCAAGCGCCUUGUGUCCAAUCUGGAUCUACCUGGACGUGUUGUUCUCCACGGCUUCCAUCAUGCAUCUCUGUGCCAUCUCGCUGGAUCGAUACGUUGCCAUCCGCAACCCCAUAGAGCACAGCCGCUUCAACUCCAGAACAAAAGCUAUGAUGAAGAUUGCUGCUGUCUGGACCAUAUCAAUAGGUGUGUCUAUGCCUAUUCCAGUGAUUGGCCUCCUCAACGAGGACAAGGUGUUCGUCGACGGCAGCUGUGUCCUAAAUGAGGAGCGCUUCAUGCUGAUUGGUUCCUUUGUGGCCUUCUUCAUCCCACUGGUCAUCAUGGUGGUAACAUACUGCCUCACCAUACAGGUGCUCCAGAGGCAGGCAACUGUCUUCCUGUGCGAAGCGAAGACCUCUUCCCAGCAGCCUUUAAACACACCAGUAAUCACAAACACUCUACAGCCGCCGCCGAGUGCAUUCCACCUUCCACAGAUCAAUAUGCUCGCCCCUCCCGACUCACAAGAGGUGAAGCCAGCAGCCCCUCAGAGCAGGCGAAACACUCUAAGCUGCCUGAAGGGGGCCGAGCCCAGCAUUCUGCUCAGUGCCUCCACCUCUGACAGCAUCAGCAUCAUUCCCAGCUCUGAGGUGGCGUCACAGCUCAGUUCUCCAGCCGCUGGGCCUGGCCGGAGUGAUGCGUCAGGUUGCCACGGACGACGGGGGAUGAUGCAGGCCAUAAAAAAUGAGAAGCGGGCUUCAAAGGUUCUAGGAAUAGUUUUUUUCCUCUUCCUCAUCAUGUGGUGUCCGUUUUUCAUCACAAACGUCACCUUCGUCUUGUGCCGUGGCUCCUGCAAUGAGUCACUUCUGCAUGACCUCCUCAACCUCUUCGUCUGGGUGGGCUACAUCUCCUCCGGAGUCAACCCUCUGGUGUACACCCUCUUCAAUAAGACCUACAGGAGAGCUUUCUCCAGCUAUAUUCGCUGCCAGUAUAAAGGGACCAACGCUACUGGACAGGGUUGUAAGAACCUCCUGGCACCCCCUCAGUGCCCAUCACACGCUGUGACCCCGCUUCUGAUGGGCAGCCAAAACAAAGCAGGGGUGGACCGUAACAGUAACUGUCGCAAUGGCAGCAGGGGGGACAAUGGGAGGCUGAUGGUGGACCCAGAAGACACGACGGACGAUGGGACACAAAUCGGAUUAGUGUCACACAGUCUCUCAGAAUGCCAUAAAGUUGAGGCACUUUCAGAAACAGAGCCAGAAACGGAUUUGGAGCAGGAGCUGUCAAUCAUCAGCUACAGCCCUGCUUCCAGAGAACACACGAGCAGCGUGUGAUGCUCAGUGUCGCGUUCUGUCUCUCUUUUUUUUUUUUUUUUUUACUGAACUGAAAAGCACUUUGACAGCUGAUGCUUGCAGACUGAAACCUUUCUGUAGGGUUCAGCUGCACACCUAUAAAGGGGACUCUUGAUUAAAGAGCCUCAGCUCUCUUCACAGAAGGGAACUACUUACACAUGAGUAGACAAAAAAGGGAAAGGAUAAGGGAAUCAGGUGAUGAAAAGAGGAAUUUUGACCUUUUGAUAAGAAAAACAAAAUAUUUCAAAUUUCCCGCUUGUAGAUUUUUGUUUGUGAUGAAAAAAAAUGAAAGCUUUAUAUGUAUGUAAAUGUGCUAGUCAGUACUAGAUUAAAGGUUAACCUCAAAGGGGCUGUGUAAUAAACCCGAACAAGGAUAAAAAUGAAUCAGCCAGUAUAGAGCCAACACUAAGACACCUUGGGUUACAGCAAAGCAGCCUUAGCAAAGCUGCUUAAGUGAGUCCAGCAUCAAACCACCAUUACGUCAUUGUGGUUAAACCACACUUCCAGCCCCACAAUGACUUUAAAGGUAGUCUGAGCUCUUGAUAAUGCAAUCUCAACAAAAAGUGUUUUGUGAGGGCCGAACUUGGUGGCAGCAGCAGUGAUCGCUGCCUGAAAGAACCUUCUCAGCAUGUUUAGUCAAACCAUUCAGUGAUUAUUUCUUUGAAGAAAACUUUCUCAAGGCUGCCAAAGUUUUCUUUGAGAUGAUGGAGGCACAAAAAUGUGCCCAGUGCUCUGGUGGAGUCACAGUGCCCUCUGGUGGACACACUGGCCUCUGAGGUUGAGCUGGAGUAUUCAGCAGGAUGUUUAAAUGACAAGGUUAAUGGGUGCAUUUCUUACCCCCACACAAAGAAACCCACUAUUCCCAUCUUCUCUGCUCUUUUCAAGAUAGUAGAGAGUAAAAAAAAAAGUUUGUUAAUUUGCUGAAUUUGAUUUCCACCAUUUUUAUAGUUAAAGGACCUGUACCAUGCAAUUCAUUCAUUCAGUCAUCUUCUAAACCCCUUAUGUCCCUUUCAGGGUCACAGGGCUGCAAGAGUCUAUCCCAGGCAGGGAUCUGGACCUCCUGGACAGGUCGCCAGUCAGUUGCAAGGCCACAAAUCACACACCCAUGCUCACUCAUAUUCACAGCUAGGGACAAUUUAGAGGAACCAGUUAACCUAUGAAGCAUGUUUUUGGACAGUUUCCCACGCGGAGAACAUGCAAACUCCACACAGAAACGUUCCCCAUUGGUGUUCUGUUUCAGGUCCCCCACCAUGCUAUACCAUGCUAUGCUUAAGCCUUUUAUAGUAAACACUAUCCAGGUAUGUGAUAAUAUAUUACCUUUGACACACAACCAACCUGGAAGUAAGACUGAUCUCUGAGGCACCACCUUUCGCUCCGUGUGGGUGCUGCCCAUGUCAUGACGUCAACCUAGAGUCAGCUUUGACACCGUAUCUGUUUUUGGCCCACAAAAACAAACGACAUCAAACGUUUGCAACAAAUGAUGUGCAUAUAAACUUCUUGAGAAAUGAACAUUAUAAUGCGCUAAAAGCUCCAAAGAUGAUUUUGCAUGGUAAAUGUCUCGUAAAUAAAGAAAGGUACGGUUAGACAACACUCUGCCUGAGUUUUUAUUUAAAUAUUGAAGAUGGGCUACAAAAACCUCGUGUACAUCUGUAUCACGCAGAUCAUGGACAAGUCAAGUUGUUCCUGCAACUAAAAGGUUAAUACCAAAAGACUGAAAAUCAUUAGUUGGAUCUGUUCAGCAAGUUCGGUUUUGCUUGUUCUUUUACCUUACAGGACUAACAAGUUUCUUAUGAUUACAAUAAUGAAGAUAAAGUCUCUUGUCCAAAUAUACAAUGACUGUACCGCCUACAGUUAAGCUUCAGACUAACCCAUAGGGUAAUGGCUCAUCCAUUGAUCUACAGCUACCUCUCCUCUUCCUGUUAAUGUUUUUACAACAAUUCAACGUCAACAGCUCCUCCAUAGAACACUGGCUUACAAAACACAAGGUUGCAUAACAAGAGUAAUAGGAAGAAGUUGCUUGGCAUACUUUUAAUUCUACCAUUGUUCUCAGCUUUGUUCAUAAACAAGCAGUCAUGGCAUGACUUUUAAAGGGCCGAUAUCAUGCAAUAUCAACUUUUUGAGCUUUUAAGACUAUAAUGUUAAUUUCUCACGAAAAGAACCCCCAAAGUGGUAUUUUGAUCUAUUCACGCAUUUCUGAGUAUUCCUCUAAAAACACACGAAAACAAGUGGGUUCUCAUAAGCUGAUGUAGGCAAAAGAGGAACAGCCCCUUCCAGGAAGAGCCUGCACUACCAGCAUCACCCCCAGGUUGACACACGCAAAACCCACUUUCUCUGCUGAGCUAGUGGUGAUCGGCUAAACCUGGUCAUCAUAAUGGUGCCAUAGGACCUCCUUUCCUUUUUGAAUUAGGUGAUUUUAAACAUCCAGCAUUAGAAAAGGCCAGACACAGCUGUUUUCCACACUCAAUUCAUCCAGUUCUGUCAAAAUUAAACUUUGUUUACCGUGUUAGUCCAAAACUAAGUGUACAAGUGGGAAUGGAUUCAUGCAAACUCAAACAAAUCCAUCUGAGGAGGUGUCCUCGGCCUGCUUACACAGCUGCUCUGGCUCCGUCAUGAUGUGAACAUAAACCGUUCCAAAUUUGACUUAAGUGCUAACAUUAUCGACCUUAAUUGAACUGACAAGCUACCAACACUGAGCAUUGAAGAUCCACUCCGAUCAUCUUUUGAUCUAUUGUAAAAGCGCAAGCCAAAGUAAAAGAGAAAAAACAGUUGUUUUGCAGAUAGGCAGUAGUACACUAAAAAUUCUCUUUGGUUGUGGGCUGGGCUGUUGACAUGGAGCAAACCAGCCCUAUACUUCGCAUCAUACAUCUGUUUACAAGCCAUCCUCUCCGGCUAGCUUACAGCCCCUGUAAGCUAGCAGGUUGGGACUGACAGUGAGCCCAGCGUGUUUCAAGUCCUAAAAUAAGCUCUUUUUCCAACUCAAUUAUUUCCGCCGCUCCUGAUUACCUAUUUGAAUAAAUAAAUAAUCCGAAAUGCAAUUUUGAGUUUAAUUUUCUUUCAAUUUGUCCUCUAUUAUCAGAAAAAUGCCUCAAGAAAAGGAAAAAAAACACAAUUUUAUUCAAAGUGGGUUUUUAAUAAGAAACUGUUUCUCCCAUGGCAAAGACAGUGUCAACAGCCCAGCAGUCGAAUUUUCAAACUGUAAAAUAGCAUCCAGAACAAAGUAAACUAACUUUAGUACUGCUGCCACUGAAUUCAAAGUAAUUUUCAAAAUAAUUGAAUUACUUAAAUACAAGACCUCUAUGAUUGCUUUACUGAUUUCUGGAUAUUGGUUGGGGCAACUGUUGCACACAUCCCUCAUAUUUGUACAUUUUAAUCCACUUUCAAUGAAAAAACGAACCGGAAUCAAAUAAAAACGAUAAAACCCACCCUUAAUCCUGACCAAAGAAGAGAACCAGCAGUCUCUCCUGGUGUAAAUGUGGCCAAAGUGAGCUUUCCAUUGACUUAAUGAAUUAUCUGGAGAGAAAAAACUCGCAACCUCCAAACAUUUGCUUUCAAAUUCCACCAAAAAAAA